CCACACUCCCAGAGGGAGGGGAGGGCGGGACACAGUCAGUUUAGGGACCAGAGGGGGACCCGGCAGACUUAACAGAGGGCAGAGAGAGGCAUGCUGCUGUCCGUGGAGAGUGGAGAUGCCAUCUCCCACCCAAUAGUCAUGGCCCUGUGGGCCCCAAGCCUCCUCGUCUUCGUCCCCAUCCUCCUCAGCCUGGCGGCCUCCCUGGAUGGGAAGGCCACCCACAGCCAGGACCCCUUCGAGAAAUGCUUGGAAGAUCCUGACUACGAACAGCUGCUCAAGGUUGUGACCUUGGGCCUCAACCGGACUUCUAAGCCCCAGAGGGUGAUUGUGGUUGGUGCUGGCGUGGCUGGACUGGUGGCCACCAAGGUGCUCAGCGAUGCUGGGCACAAGGUCACCAUCCUGGAGGCAGACAACAGGAUCGGGGGCCGCAUCCUCACCUACCGGGAUGGGAAGACAGGCUGGAUUGGCGAGCUUGGGGCCAUGCGCAUGCCCAGCUCACACAGGAUCCUCCACAAGCUCUGCAGGAGCCUGGGGCUCAACCUGACCCACUUCAUCCAGUACGAUGAGAACACAUGGACAGAGGUGAACAGUGUGAAGCUGCGAAACUACGUGGUGGAGAAGAUGCCUGAGAAGCUGGGCUAUAAUCUGCGCCCCAGGGAGAAGGGCCACUCACCUGAGGAAAUCUACCAGAUGGCCCUCAACAGGGCCCUCAAAGAUCUCAAGACGCUAGGCUGCCAAUGGGCCCUGAAGAAGUUCGAAAGGCACACGCUUCUGGAAUACCUCCUCAGGGAGGGGAACCUGAGCCAGCCGGCCGUGCGGCUCCUGGGGGACGUGAUGUCCCAGGACGGCUUCUUCUACCUCAGUUUCGCCGAGGCCCUGCGCGCCCACAGCUGCCUCAGCGACCGGCGCCGGUACAGCCGCAUCGUGGGCGGCUGGGACCUGCUGCCGCGCGCACUGCUGAGCUCGCUGUCCGGGCCCCUGCUGCUAAACACACCGGUGGUGGCGGUGAAGCAGGGGCAGCGCGAGGUGCAAGUGCACGUCUCCACGUCGCGCGGAGCCCAAUCGCAGAAGGUGCUGACCGCGGACACGGUGCUGCUGACGAUGAGCGGGCCGGCGCUGCAGCGCAUCACCUUCUCGCCGCCGCUGUCGCACAAGCGGCAGCACGCGCUGCGCUCGCUGCACUACGUGGCGGCCACCAAGGUGUACUUGAGCUUCCGCCGGCCCUUCUGGCGUGAGGAGCACAUCGAGGGCGGCCACUCGAGCACCGACCGCCCGUCGCGCGCCAUUUUCUACCCGCCGCCCGGCGAGGGAGCGCUGCUGCUGGCCUCGUACGCUUGGUCCGACUCGGCGGCGCCCUUCGCCGGCUUGAGCUUGGACGAGAUGCUGCGCGUGGCGCUCGACGACGUGGCAGCGCUGCAUGGGCCCAUCGUGUACCGGCUCUGGGAUGGCACCGGCGUGGCCAAGCGCUGGGCCGAGGACCCGCACAGCCAGGGCGGCUUCGUGGUGCAGCCGCCGAUGCUCUGGCACCCGGAAAAGGACGACGGGCAUGCCGUCGACUGGGCGCUCCCCUAUGGCCGCGUCUACUUCGCCGGCGAGCACACGGCCCUCCCGCACGGUUGGGUGGAGACGGCUGUCAAGUCGGCGCUGCGGGCCGCCGUGAGGAUCAACAGACGGGGGGCGCCCGGGCACAAGGCCGAAUACGCCCGACUAGGCAUGUUCACGGCAGCGACCACCCAUAAUCUGACCCAUAAGCCGGUCUCUUCCCAGCACACAACCCACAAGGGGACCCAACAAUAAAGUAUUUUCGGUAAACGCGCGGUUCAGCCUCUUCCCUGGACGCUGUCCUUCCGCGGUUCGCCUGCAACAGACUCGUUAGCGCUGGGGUUAGGCGGGAUUCAUCUCUCGGGCAGCCCUAGAAGCUGCCUGCUACUACUUCCUGCACGGUGGGGUGCCAUAGGGGGGCGAGAGGCAGGAUGGACACUGCGUGCUGACUACAAUGUCCACCCCGGGCUGUCACAGCCUGAGACAAGACGAAAAGGCAUCGAUGAGUCGGGAUGUGAAUCACAAGAAAACUCCGUUGACAGAAGCUUGACAGCGUGAAUUCAAUUUGCACACAUAACAUGAAGCUGUAGCAGGGUCCGGGAACAUUUCAGGAGCCCUGCAGGCCCUGCCACCUCGACUGUCCACGGUGUUCCUGCACAGCUGCUCCUCCAAACGCCCCAAACUCAGGCGGAGGAGUCCCACCCUCCCUUAGCCACAAGCCCCCACCACUCACCCCCAGGGCUACCUCAUCAGGGAUGGGCUACUUCCGUGACCAGCAUUAGCCCACAAGGUGAAAGCACCAGGAGCCAUCACCCUGCCCCUCUACGUCCAUGCCGACAUGGCAGCCUGCUUCCCCCACCAACAUAAAGCCAAGUGGUCCUAAG